UGUGUCUGUGAUGCUGUUUGUGCUGUUUUCCAAUGAAUCCUACUGGAAAAGCUGAAGAGUAACUCAGCAAUGCCACGAAAGGUUCAGCCACAUGUAUUCAUGUGCUGAGCUGACUGAUGUGGCACCUUCUGCAAGCCAGUGCCUGGCAUUUCAGCUCCAACAACCCCCAGUGCAUCCUGAUGUGAAAACCUCCCAUGCUUUAACGCAGCAUCUCCACAGUAGACGCAGGGCCAAAGUGUCCUGUAGCCAUCCUCAGCCUUUGUGCGCUCCACCAGUAAGGGCUGGAUUGAAUUUGGUUGUCCUGUGCUACUGUGAUUGUGCUCUCCACUGCGUGAAUGCUGUUUUCCUGAGCUGCUGCUCCUACAGAGAGUAUGAAGCACGCUUGGAGCGGUACAGCGAGCGAAUCUGGACGUGCAAAAGCACAGGAAGCAGCCAGCUGACGCACAAAGAGGCUUGGGAGGAGGAACAGGAAGUCGCUGAGCUCUUGAAGGAGGAGUUCCCCAUCUGGUAUGAGAAACUGGUACUGGAAAUAGUCCACCAUAACACUGUAUCUUUGGAAAAGUUGGUGGAUGCUGCUUGGCUGGAGAUCAUGACCAAAUUUGCAGUGGGAGAAGAGUGUGACUUUGAGGUUGGUAAGGAGAAAAUACUACCUGUGAAAGUUGUGAAAAUACAUCCCUUGGAGAAAGUUGAUGAAGAGGCCUCGGAAAAGAAAUCUGAUGGAGCCUGUGAUUCCCCAUCCAGUGACAAGGAGAAUUCCAGCCAGGCAGCCCAGGACAACCAGAAGGAAGCUAUCCUGAAGGAAGAUGACAACAGGAGGGAAAGUCUGAAUGAUCGAGCACGGAGGUCUCCUCGAAAGCUUCCCACUUCUUUGAAGAAAGAAGAAAGGAAGUGGGUUCCACCUAAAUUCCUGCCACACAAGUAUGAUGUCAAGCUAAAAAAUGAAGAUAAGAUCAUCAGCAAUGUACCAGCAGAUAACUUAGUCCGUACAGAGCGUCCUCCCAACAAGGAGAUCCUGAGGUACUUCAUCCGGCACAACGCGCUGCGGGCCGGCACGUGCGAGAACGCCCCGUGGGUAGUGGAGGAUGAGUUAGUGAAGAAAUAUUCUCUCCCCAGUAAAUUUAGUGACUUCUUGCUUGACCCACAUAAGUACAUGACUCUCAACCCUUCAACCAAGAGGAAGAUCUCUCAAUCACCUGACAGAAAGCCUUCUAAGAAAUCCAAAGCUGAUGGCUCAUCUCUGGGCCAGCCACUGAGCCCUACUCUGUGGUGCCAUGUGCAUUUGGAGAAAUCGAUUAUUGGCUCUCCACUGAAGGUGAAAAACUCCAAGAAUUCUAAAUGUCCUAAAGAGGAACUGGAAGAGGUGAUGAAAAUUGUGUCACCUGCUAAACUUGGUUCUAACUUUCACAUUCCAAAGAGGAGCCGACUGGGGAAGGGCAGCAACAAGUCCUUGGACAAAAAGCAAAGGGGCAAAAGGGUUCUGAAUGGACAGAAGUCAUCAGGGAAAUCAAAAUCUCCUAGGAAAAGCUUGAAGACCCCUAAGAUGAAAAUGAAACAGAUGACACUUUUGGACAUGGCUAAAGGUGCCACAAAGGUGUCCAGGGCUCCCAGGAAUUCUGGAGGCACCCCUAGGUCUUCCAGCAAACCCCAGAAGCUGCCUCCUGCAGCACUCCAUCUCAUUGCCUAUUACAAAGAAAACAAAGACAGGGAGGACAAGAAGAGUGCUCUGUCCUGCAUCAUCUCCAAAACAGCCAGGCUGCUGUCCAACGAGGACCGUGCCCGGCUGCCCGAGGACUUGCGAGGCUUGGUGCAGAAGCGCUACGAGCUCCUGGAGCACAGGAAGAAAUGGGCCACCAUGACUGAGGAGCAGCGCAAGGAGUACAUGAAGAAGAAGAGGGAGAAGCUGAAAGAGAAGCUGAAGGAGAGAGCAAAGGAGCGGAAGGAGAAGGAGAUGAAGGAAAAACUGGAAAAACAGAAAAGAUUUGAGGACCAAGAUCUUAAAGGGAAGGCCUUGCCUGCUUUUAAGCUGGUCGAUACUCCAGAAGGGCUUCCUAAUACUCUCUUUGGGGACGUCGCCAUGGUGGUGGAGUUCCUGAGCUGUUACUCAGGGCUGCUGAUGCCAGAUGCUCAAUAUCCCAUUACAGCAGUUUCCCUGAUGGAAGCACUUUGUGCAGAAAAAGGAGGCUUCCUUUAUUUGAACCGAGUGCUGGUCAUUCUCUUGCAGACCCUGCUGCAGGAUGAAAUUGCUGAGGAUUAUGCUGAGCUGGGGAUGAAGCUUUCUGAAAUACCACUUACCCUGCACUCAGCUUCUGAGUUGGUUCGUCUGUGCCUACGUAAGUCAGAUGUGCAAGAAGAAAGUGAGGUCUCAGAUAACGUAGAUGAAAGCAAGGAUUCAGCAGCUUUUGAGGAUAAUGAAGUGCAGGAUGAGUUCUUGGAGAAACUGGAGACAUCAGAGUUCUUUGAGUUGACUCCUGAAGAGAAGCUGCAGAUACUUGGAGCCCUGUGCCACCGGAUUCUCAUGACCUAUUCGGUGCAGGACCAUGUGGAGGCCAAGCAGCAGACAUCAGCUGAGCUGUGGAAGGAGCGCCUGGCUAUCCUGAAGGAAGAAAAUGACAAGAAGAGAGCAGAAAAACAGAAGAGGAAAGAAAUGGUGGCCAAGAACAAGGAGAAUGGGAAAGAUGAGAACACGAUGGGAAGAAACGAAAAGAAAAAAGAGAUGAUGAAAUUAGAGCACAGAGUAGACAUAGAAGCUGAUGACAUGAUCAGUGCUGUGAAGAGCAGGCGUCUUCUUGCCAUCCAAGCCAAGAAAGAGAGGGAGCAGCAAGAAAUACAAAUGAGAGUGAGGAUGGAGAAAGAAGCAGAGGAAGAAAGAAUCCGGAAGCAUAAAGCUGCAGCUGAGAAAACCUUCCAGGAUGGAAUUGCCAAAGCCAAGCUGGUGAUGCGCAGGACCCCAGUCGGCACCGACCGGAACCAUAACAGGUACUGGCUGUUUUCAGAUGAGGUUCCUGGCUUGUUCAUUGAGAAAGGCUGGGUCCAUGACAGUAUAGACUACAGGUUCACCCUUUCCCAUCAGAAAAAAGAAGAUUUUAAAAAGGACCACAGCCCAGGAGACAAGCGGAGGAGCGCAGCUGCCGAUGGCCGAGCGAGCAAGCAUCAGCGCUCUGUGCACACUGCAGACCUUCCUGCAGAGACCACUGUCCCCAAGCAGGGACAGAACUUAUGGUUUCUCUGUGACAGUCAGAAGGAUUUGGAUGAGCUGCUGGAUUGCCUGCACCCACAAGGAGUGAGAGAGAGCCAGCUGAAGGAGCGGCUGGAGAAAAAGUAUCAGGACAUCACUCACUCUAUCCAUUUGGCACGGAAACAGAACUUGGGCCUGAAAUCCUGUGAUGGCAACCAGGAACUGCUGAACUACCUCCGGAGUGAUCUAAUAGAGGUUGCAACUCGGCUGCAAAAGGGAGGCCUGGGUUAUGUUGAUGUGACACCAGAAUAUGAAGCAAGAGUGUACUCACUAGAGAGCUUGAAGGAGUUUGGAGAGUGUGUGAUUGCACUCCAAGCUGGUGUGGUUAAGAAGUUUCUGCAAGGUUUCAUGGCCCCCAAGCAGAAGAGAAGGAAACAUCAAGGAGAGGACUACAUUGCCAAGACUGAGGAGAUAGAUGAAGACAAGAAAAUGGCAGAAGAAGCUAAGGUCGCUUCAGCCACGGAGAAGUGGAAGACAGCAAUCCGUGAGGCCCAGACCUUCUCCCGCAUGCACGUGCUGCUCGGGAUGCUGGAUGCCUGCAUCAAGUGGGAUAUGUCUGCAGAGAAUGCCAGGUGCAAAGUGUGUCGCAAGAAAGGUGAGGAUGACAAGCUGAUCCUGUGUGAUGAGUGUAACAAAGCCUUCCACCUCUUCUGCCUGCGGCCGGCGCUCUACGGGAUACCGGAGGGUGAAUGGCAGUGCCCUGCGUGCCAGCCUUCCACUGCCAGGCGCAGCUCACGAGGCAGGAGCUAUGCAGAGGAUUCUGCUGAGGAUGAAGGUGAAGAAGGUGAGGAAGCUUCUGAUGAACCAGAUGCUGAAGAGGAAGAGGAGGAGGAAGAAGAUUAUGAAGUUGCUGGACUGAAAUUGAGACCCAGGAAGGCAGCCCGGGGCAAGCAGAGCACAGCCAUGUACUCCUCGAGGCAGGGAAGGCACCAAAGGAAGAAGCAAUCACUGCACCCUGCCAGGGGACCCCGGCAGAGGGCUGCACCUGUCAACGGCGCAGACAUUGAUGAGCUGGUCCUCCAAACCAGGAAGAUGACACGGCGCCAGAACCUCGAGUUGCAGAAGUGUGAGGAAAUCCUCAGCAAGCUGAUCAAGUACCGCUUUAGCUGGCCCUUCAGGGAGCCAGUGACCACGGAGGAAGCUGAAGAUUACUUUGAGGUCAUCAGCAGCCCUAUGGACUUCCAGACUAUGCAGAGCAAGUGCUCUUGUGGCGAUUACCGCUCGGUGCAGGAGUUCCUCUCCGACAUGAAGCAGGUGUUCUCCAACGCCGAGUGCUACAACCAGAACGGCAGUCACGUACUGUCCUGCCUGGAGAAGACAGAACAGUGUUUGAUUGACAUGGUGCACAAACAUCUGCCUGGCCACACGUAUGCACGCAGGAAACGCAAGAAGCUCUCUGCCAGGUGCCAGGAACUGGAGGAGCAAGAAGAGGACAGUGAGUCGGAGCCCCUUGAACAUUCCCGAGGGCGGAAAAGGAAGAAAUGAGGGAUGGGGAGACUAAGGGAGAGAGACAGAGCUGGAGCAGGCCUUCUGGUGCUGCUGGGCAGCAGGAUGGGUUGUCUGGAGGGAGCUGGGAAGCAACAGGCACUUCUCUAUUAAUCCAGCCUUCCCUUUGGCCCAGCCUCGUUUUCAUUUUUCUGCAAUUUCCUCAAGUAUUUGGUCAUCCACUGAGUGAGCAGAGAUGACUUGACUGCUUCCUGCAAAAUCGACAAAGCUCUUCACAAGUCUGUCCUGCUAGGAGGGGAAGGUGGGAGGGCAAAGGGAGGGCCUGGCCAAAGCCUGGCUGGGCAGAGGAGAGCAUGAAGCCUACCCCAGCUCGGGCACUGUCGGAUGAGCCAUUUCCUCCCCUCUGUGAGCAGCCAGCACCAGAGCACGGCAGGACCUCAGCCAUCCACAGCCUGUGAUGUGAAACCAGCCUGGAGCUGGGGCAGGGAGGGAUCAGAUUGCUUCACCGAAAGGACUGGGUGCCAUCAGGCCAAUGGGCUGCUAGUUCUUGUAUGUAUAUAUUUAUAUGGUGUUAAUUUUGAGCCCCCACUGGAGGGCUGCAUAGGACGAGCAAGCACUUACAUUUAUGGAGUUGCAGCUUUCACCAGCAUCCUAACACAACUGGCUUUGAGGUGCUCUUGCUUUGCCCCUCUCUCUUCUCGGGGAACGAGCUCCGGAGCUUCGUGCUCUCAAGAGGCUCCUUCUAAGCUCAGCUCUUCACUUGUACUCACUGGAGGCAGAUGGCUUCCCUGCUCGCCUUGAACAGCACACAGUCACAUAGCCCCUUGGAUGAACCGAGUGCCAGAAGCAUAGUGGAGAGCACGGUGUUUCUGCACGCCCCAUGGGGAGGGAGUUGCAGGGCAAGGGGAGCAGCAGAAACUUCUGUGUAACUUUUUAAAUUAAUUUUCUAGCUGAAAGUGGCUGGUUUCUAGCUGUGAUCUUGUACAAAGAACACCUGUAAGAUACAGUUGUCUUGCUUGGGCACAUGUACAGUUUAUAUGAAAUCGUGUUUGCUUUAUAUUUCCCCCCCCCCUCCCCUCUCUCUUUACAACUGAUUUUCCUACCAGUAGCUGGAGUCACACUGGGGGACUUGUUGGCAGGGGUCUCCCAGCCCCUCUCUGGGCACGCUCUCACCAUGUUUUCUAGUGACACCUCCCCUAGCUCACCUCCCUCAUGCUCUGCCAGCACACACCGGCCAACCAGCCCUGUCCUGCUGGGUCCUGCCAGCCAAGGUAUGGACUUUUCCCUUAGAAAAGGAGGUGUCUUUACAGCACCUCUCCCUCUCCAUUGUGCCAGGUUUUGAUCAUACAAUCAGGGCUUGAUUUUUUUUUUUUUUUUUUAAUUAUUAUUCUAAUAAGUCAUCAAUUUGGAACAAACCAGCCCACGGGAUUGCUCUGUACUGCUUUUGUAACAGAGAAACAAAGGCAGCCAUGGCAGCUCCUGUGAUUGGAGAAGAAAAGAAAUGAUCAGUUUAAAAUUGCAGCCUAGUUUGGUGGACUUUUUAUGGGUUGUUUGUUUUGGGUUUGUAUUGCUUUGUUUUUAACAGGUUAUUCCUAUUCAGUUCUGGACUGUCAAUGGCUGCAGAGACUAAUCAGGUUUCCAGCCACUUCCCCUCUCCCCAGCCUCAGCUCCCUGCCCCACAGAAUAGCACUGACGUUUGUAUUUCACACGUCCACCUCCCCCUCCAGAGGCUUUGUUUUGUCCUGUUCAUAGAGAACAUUUUCUGCAGGUCCCACACAGUAAAACCUUUGGAACUGUUCGUUUUUUG